AUGGCAGAUAUUGAGAAGAUGUUCCAUCAGGUGAAGGUUAAGCCAGAAGACUGUAAUGCACUGAGAUUUCUAUGGUGGCCAGAGGGAGAUCUAUCCAAAGAACCAGUAGAGCAUCAAAUGACUGUUCAUUUAUUCGGAGCAACCUCUUCCCCAAGUUGUUGUUCUUACGCGUUAAAAAGAACAGCUUCAGAUAAUCGGGAAGAAUUCAGCAAACAAGUUGUCGACACAGUUGAUCGUAACUUUUAUGUAGAUGACUGUCUCAAGUCUUUACCAGAAAGGAAAGAAGCAAUGAAGUUGGUAGACGAACUACCAGUUUUGCUGUCUCGCGGUGGAUUCCAUCUCACAAAGUGGGUGUCAAAUGAUCGAGAAGUCUUAUCUCACGUACCUAACAAAGAAAGAGCGCCAUGCGUCAGCCUUCAGUUGGAGAAGUUGCCGAUGGAGAAAGCAUUGGGCGUUCAGUGGAAUACGGAAAGGGACACGUUGGGAUUCCGGGGAAGCAAAUUGAAAGCAGAGUCAAGAAGAGGGAUUCUAUCGUUCAUAGCUUCGGUCUACGAUCCCCUUGGUCUAGUCGCUCCUGUCGUUUUACCAGCCAAACGCAUAAUGCAAAACCUGUGUCGAGUAAAUCACGGCUGGGACGAAGAUCUCCCAAUCGAGACAAGCGAAAUAUGGCAUGACUGGCAAAGCGAAUUCCAUUCCCUUGUGAAAUUAGAAAUACCUCGAUGCUAUAAACCGCACGAAUUUAACAAGACAAGGAAUGCGGAACUCCACUAUUUUGCUGACGCAUCGACUGAAGGAUAUGGGUAG